AUGAACUCCGAAUCACCUGACGGCCACUACGCCCGACUUUCCGAGACGCAUCACGCGCCAAUCAGGGUUAGGAACAUAAGCCUGACCCUGAUGCAGUACCCAAAUCGACGAAAAGAACAUCGCUGCGUUGGAACAGAAUGCCAACUCAAUACCGGUACCGUGGCGAUUGGCUCUACUUUUCCCAUCGUGACAAGGGCUCCAGAGGAGGGAGAAGAUGGCACAGAUAGCAGCGGCGCGGAUGUCGCACGCUCUGUUGCUGAAUAUGCCAGCCCCGUCUUAGAUAUCACCAGUCCUGCCACAAUCCCCAGGCAGCUGUACAGCAACACUCACGAUGAAUGGACCGAGACAUGA